GUCUACAAAUGAAACAUGUCGCCCACUGCACCUGGCUCAUAUGUCCUUCACAUAGAUGAAGGACAUCUAUGUGAAGGACAGACGGUGCUACAUAUAAAUGAGCACCAGAAGAUACCUAUUACAGGCAGUGUUGGCACCAUGACCCGGUUACUGCCGCUGCUGCUGAGUGCUGCCCUGCUGAGCCCAGGGCUCGCGGAUAUCAUACCUCGUCGUGAAUGCGGGGAAAUUGAAGGCGACAUUUACCAGUUCUCGGCCAAUUCGCUGGAGAAUGGAACUAACGUCAGUUUUGAGGAGUUCAGAGGCAAGGUGCUGUUGGUGAUCAACUUGGCCACCUACUGCUCACGAACCAUAAUCUCUUACAACCAAAUGAAUGCACUCGCCGAGUUCUACGUAGAUGAGGACUUCGAAAUUCUGGGCUUUCCCUGCAAUCAGUUUAAUUUGCACGAACAGGGAGCCAAUAGUGAGAUCAUGAACGGUAUCCGAUAUGUUCGUCCAGGUGACGGAUUUGAGCCUCUGAUCACCAUGUUUGAGAAGACUGAGGUGAAUGGCAAUAAUGAGCACCCACUCUUUACAUUCUUAAAGAGUGCUUGCGAGUCUACAUACACUGAGUUCUACUCUGGCCUCUUUUAUGAGCCCAUAAGAAUUGGAGACAUUCAAUGGAACUUCGAGAAAUUCCUGAUUGGUAAAGAUGGCAAGCCUUACGUACGCUACCAUCCAACAGUUGAAGAUCCCGAGGACCUCAAGGAUGACAUCAACACUCUUCUCAACGCUUAAAACCUUCUCGAGGACUUCACUCUCUUCGUGAGGACACCACCUCCUAACCUUGGACUUCCAACUGAGUUUCCGCAAGCUGCCUUUGUCCAUUCUCAUGCAGCAUCCCGCCUAUGAUGAUGCUGAAGAGUGUGGCCACUUGUGCAUUCUGGCUGCCACUUUCCUGCCUAUGGGAUGCCGCAGCGGCUGGGCUGGACGAGGUCACUCGAAGCCAAAGAUACUGAUCAGUACUACAAUUAUAAAAUAGUAAUUAAAAACAUGUCAUCAAGCAGCUAUUUUGUAUACAUUAACUUACAUCUAUACACAUUAAAAUGGUAGAGGGGUCGAAUCAGACGAAAAUACCUACAGAAAAUAUAAAUCAGUAAUGAUUAAAAUGUUGCAUAAAAACAUUAAAAAUAAUUUGCAUUAAA